AUGGGUCACUAUAAUGAGAAUGUUUAUUCUACAUAUGAUUCAUCAGCAUCACCAGUUCACGAUAAUUCAAUCUCAACAUCCGAUGGUUUAUCGGAAUCUGGUCAUAGUACGAGUAGCAGUAACAAUAGUAUGUAUGAACAAAUAUGCUAUGAUACAGUGAAAUUAAAUAAUUCAAAAGAAGAAACUAGUCGUUCAGUAGCACCCUAUGCACCCUAUCCACAAAUUGUUCGAACAGAACAACAACAAUAUCAAAUACCUUAUCCUGAUUAUAGUUCAGAAGAUGAAAGACCUCUGGUAAAAGCAUCAUCAACAAAAGUUCAACAGGAUAAUGCAUCCUCACCAACAUCGAAUACUCAAUCGAAUCAAAAACGAGAAUUACAUAGAGAAUUAGCGUAUAAACAAAAAAUUGGUCAAUUGUUACCAAAAAAAUCAGAAUUGGUAAAUGUAUUCGUUCGUCGUCAAGAACAACAAAAACGAAAAGAAAAAGAAUCAGAACGACAAAGACAUAAAACCAAGUUAGAAGAGGCUCUCGCGAAACAACGGCAAAAAAUAGAUAGUGUAAAUGACGUUUCUUCACUGGCAUCUACAUCUUCCUCAGCAUCGUCAUAUACAAAUGAAUUUGAAUUUGUAUAUCAUCGAAUUAAACAAAAAAAUUCUGUUUCAUAUUAG